GAAUCUUGUUGAGUCAUCUAUCUAGAAAUAUGAAUAACCUCUUGUGUUCUGUAUUUUUAUUAGCAGUAACAACGCUGAUUCUUAUUGAUGCCGAUUGCUCAACUUAUCCUGACGUUAAAAACGCAUAUUUCAACAAGGACGACAAUUGUGUUGAUGUCAGUGUUACCUGUAAUGAAGGUUUCAACAUGAAGCAACUAAUAAGUUGUAUAGAUGGAGAGUGGAAAUAUCAAGAACCAUAUUGUGAACCUCAAGAUAUGACAGAUUGUGAUUACAAGUAUACAAAUGAUACAAUAGUUCAUACUGGAUAUCCGAAAAAUUUAUUCUCUGUAAAACAAACUGAAUGUAAUGAAAGAUGUAAUACCGAUACCCAAUGUUCCACGUUUGUUGUUACUGAUAUUCGUUGUGUUCUAUAUUCACCACCAGUCAUCGCCGUGCUUUUUAAUCCGAUUGAUGGUAAUUAUCUGAACCAAUGUAUUUCAAAUUGUUCCGAGACGAAGGAAUGUCUGAUGUUCAAUUAUCGACCUGGUGGAGCAGUCUUUUGUUUGUUGUAUAACGUUACUCUGGACGACCUAUCUGAUGGGGAUACAAUACGAAGUAAUGAAUUUCUUGUAGCAGAAAAAACCUGUCAAUAAUUAAAACAUGU